CUACCACAAACCACUUCUCUGCAACUUCACUCAUAAUCCAAACUCCAUCAACAACCCAAACAUGCCCCCAAACGCCACCCCUCUCUUCCCCCUUUCUCUCACCAAAAACCUCCGAUCACUUUCCGGCCCAUGAACUCCCCGGACAUCGCCCUCAUCGCCAUGAUCUCAACGGCUAUGAUGCUGUACACGUGUCAAGCCACCACAAACCUCCACCCUCUGAUCCUGAUACCAGGCAACGGCGGGAACCAGCUAGAAGCAAGGCUGACUUCAAAGUACAAGCCUACAAGCUUGUGGUGCAAGUGGUACCCAAUCAAGAAAGAUGGCGAUGGUUGGUUUAGGCUGUGGUUUGAUUCAAGUGUCCUCUUGUCUCCCCUCACCAAGUGUUUCAGUGAGAGGAUGAUGCUUUACUAUGACUCUGACUUGGAUGAUUACUAUAAUGCCCCUGGGGUUGAAACUCGAGUGCCCAACUUUGGCUCCACUCAGUCACUUCUCUACCUUGAUCCUAAUCUCAAGCACAUUUCAGCAUACAUGGCACCACUAGUGGAGUCAUUGGAGCAAUUAGGGUACGAGGAUGGCAAGAACAUGUUUGGAGCACCCUAUGAUUUCCGGUAUGGUUUGGCUGCAAAAGGGCAUCCAAGUCAGGUAGGAUCCAAAUUCCUCGACGAUCUCAAGAAUCUAAUAGAAACCGCCAGCGAUUCAAACGGUGGGCAGCCUGUAAUCCUCGUAUCCCACAGCCUAGGCGGCCUCUUCGCCCUACAAUUGCUCGACCGGAACCCCAUUUCUUGGCGCAGAAAAUACAUCAAACACUUGGUGGCCCUCUCCGCCCCAUGGGGCGGCGCCGUCGACGAAAUGCUGACGUUGGCGUCGGGGAACACGCUCGGGGUGCCGCUGGUCGACCCUUUGCAGGUGAGAGAGGAACAGCGGAGCUCGGAGAGCAACAUGUGGUUGCUGCCGUCGCCGGCGGUCUUCGGCGACACAAAACCGCUCGUCGUCACGCCACGCGCCGAGUACACAGCGGGUGACAUCUCCCAGUUCCUAGCGGACAUUGGGUUUUCCGACGGCGUCUCGCGCUACGAAUCGCGCGUGUUGCCUCUGGUGGAGCGGGUUGCCGCGCCGCCGGGAGUGCCGGUCACGUGCAUAUUCGGGAGCGGGGUUGAGACGGCGGAGACGCUGGUUUAUGGGGAGGGUGGAUUCGAUAAGCAGCCGGAGAUUGUGUACGGAGACGGCGACGGAACGGUGAAUAUGGUGAGCUUGACGGCACUUCAGUGGCAAUGGGGAAAUGAUACCCAACAAGAGGUUGAAGUGAUCAAGAUUCCCGGGGUUUCUCAUAUGUCAAUGGUUAAAGAUAAUGGUGCAAUUGAUAGAAUUCUUGAAGAAAUUUCUUGUAUCAAUUCUAAUAUUACUAGUUCUACCACCCUCAUUUCAACAAGUUGAUUGUAAGUUGUUCCAAUGACUUAUUAAAUAUGUAUUUACUUACGUUUUUAAAAUCGAAAAUAUUUUUUAAUGA